AUGACCGUCGUCGAUCAAACAAUGGAUCUCUGCUUCCGUAGUUUUCCCUGCCUCUCUGAUCCCGCUCAAAGGUCUUCGUCGUGCUUGAAGCUGGUCUUGCUCUUGACCCAUCUGAUUUAUGCCGGUGUUCUUUUCUUAUUUGAUGGAGAUUUGGUUGAGAAGACUAAGAAAGAACCAUGGUUCACUGCUUUAUACUUGCUGCUGUUUGUUGUUACUUUAGGACAAUACUAUGCUAUAUCUAUUUCCAAUCCAGGUUAUGUCGUUGAUGUCAUGAAGAACUUUAAUAAGAGAAAUGUAGUACACACAAAGAAACCGGAAUCAUCAAAUCAACCAGCUUCAAGCAAAAAUGGGAGUGUUGUAAUUUCCAUCGAGGGGAGUCAGCCUGGAAGAACUGUUGCAGGAAGUAAUGCAACAUAUUGGUCAAAGUUGGUGGCCGAAUUGCAUCCUCCUGGAUCAACAGUCAGAACAUGGACGUGCACGUACUGCAACGUGGAGCAGCCUCCACGGGCAAAACAUUGUCAUGAUUGUGACAAAUGUGUUCUUCAGUUUGAUCAUCACUGUGUUUGGCUUGGAAAUUGCAUUGGCCAGGGUAAUCAUUGCCAGUUUUGGUGGUACCUUUGUGAAGAGACGGCAGUGUGCAUCUGGACUGGCUUCUUGUAUCUUUCACACCUGAUGGCUCACAUUACAAUGGUUUGGUGGCAGGAUGCCAUCAUGAUACUACUCUUGAUUGCUCUGUCAAUUUCCCUUAUCUUUCUGCUUCUCCUACUGCUAUUUCAUAGUUAUCUAAUUCUGACCAAUCAGACUACCUAUGAACUUGUAAGGAGAAGACGAAUUUCUUAUCUAAGGGCAAUUCCAGAAAGAGUACACCCUUUUAGUAAAGGAGUUUGCAAAAAUAUAUACAGCUUCUGCUGCUCAUACAGUUUUGAACCAAUACCUACACCGCAAGAGAUAGAGGAAAAGUCAAGGCAAUACACAUGCUCUGAUGUUACAACUUGCCGGUGUUGCUGA